AACCCGCCAUCUUGUCGCGCGGAGAAGGAGAACAGCAGCAGAUAUGGCUGACUACAGCAGCGUGGCUCCGCCGUCCUCUAACGCCGGUGGCGGCAUGAACGACGCUUUUAAAGACGCUCUUCAGCGAGCACGACAGAUCGCAGCGAAGAUCGGUGGUGAUGGCGUUGCGGCACCUCCAACUAAUGAAUUUGGCUACGGAGGCCAGAAAAGGCCCCUGGAGGACGCUGGUGGGUAUUUUCCCAUGCCUAACCUGAAUAUCGAUCAACCAGAGACAAAGAAAGUGGCCACAAAUGAUGCCUUUUCAGCAAUGGGAGGAAUGGGUGGUCCUCCAAGGUCAGCAUCAGAGGAAUUCAAGGUUCCUGAUGGAAUGGUUGGAUUCAUUAUUGGAAGAGGGGGUGAACAAAUAUCACGUCUGCAGCAGGAAUCUGGGUGUAAAAUACAGAUCGCCCCUGACAGCGGAGGAAUGCCAGAGAGGUCGGUGACAUUAACAGGACCACCAGAAUCCAUCCAGGCUGCAAAGAGGCUACUAACAGAGAUUGUUGAGAAGGGACGACCAGCCCCAGCUUUCCACCACAACGACGGCCCAGGCAUGACUGUUCAGGAGAUUAUGGUCCCUGCCUCUAAAGCCGGUCUUGUCAUUGGGAAGGGAGGUGAAACCAUCAAAAGCCUUCAGGAAAGAGCCGGAGUGAAGAUGGUCAUGAUCCAAGACGGACCCCAAAACACUGGAGCAGACAAACCACUCCGCAUUUCAGGAGAGCCAUUUAAAGUUCAGCAAGCCAAAGAGAUGGUGAUGGAGCUGAUCAGAGACCAGGGCUUCAGGGAGCAGAGGGGAGAGUACGGUUCCAGGGUCGGAGGCGGAGGAGGAGAUAGCUUAGAUGUUCCCGUCCCCCGGUUUGCAGUAGGAAUCGUUAUCGGCAGAAACGGAGAGAUGAUCAAGAAAAUACAGAACGACACAGGCGUCAGGAUCCAGUUUAAACCAGAUGAUGGCAGCACACCUGACAGGAUAGCACAGAUCAUGGGUCCUCCCGACCAGGCUCAGCACGCGGCGGAAAUCAUAUCCGACCUGCUGAGGAGCGUCCAGGCUGGAGGGCCUCCGGGACACGGCGGUGGAAGAGGUCGUGGUCGUGGGCAGGGCAACUGGAACAUGGGCCCCCCUGGUGGCCUGCAGGAGUUCACCUUCACCGUUCCAACCAUGAAGACUGGCCUCAUCAUCGGAAAAGGUGGUGAGACAAUCAAGGGCAUCAGUCAGCAGUCCGGGGCCAGGAUCGAGCUACAGAGGAAUCCUCCACCCAACGCUGAUCCCAACAUCAAAAUGUUCACAGUCAGAGGCUCCCCACAGCAGAUCGACUACGCCCGGCAACUGGUGGAGGAGAAAAUCGGGGGUCCAGUCACUCCAAUGGGCGGUCCGCAUGGUCCCCCUGGUCCACACGGAGGUCCAGGCCCACACGGUCCUCCGGGACCACCAGGACCCCCCGGGGCUCCCAUGGGUCCAUACAACCCAGGACCAUACAACCAGGGACCUCCAGGACCACAUGGUCCUCCUGCGCCUUACCAGCCUCAGGGAUGGGGCAACGGCUACCCACACUGGCAGCAGGGACAGCCUGAUCCAAAUAAAGCAGCAGCCGAUGCCAACGCAGCGGCUUGGGCAGCCUACUAUGCUCAGUACAGCCAGCAGCCGCAGGCUCCCAUGACCCCGACCAGCGGAGCUCCAGGCACAACUCAGACCAACGGCCAAGGUGACCCACAGGCUGCAGGUCAGAGUGGACAGGCAGAUUACUCCAAGGCCUGGGAGGAAUAUUACAAGAAAAUGGGUCAACAGAGUCAGCAACCUCAGGACUACACGAAAGCCUGGGAGGAGUAUUAUAAGAAACAAGACGCCCCAGGUCAAGCGGCCCCUCAGGCCACGGCGGCGGCGGCAGCGGCCGCCUCCCAGCCUGGAGGCCAGCCGGACUACAGCGCCGCCUGGGCCGAGUACUACCGGCAACAGGCUGCUUACUACGGCACGGCCAACCCUCAGACGAUGGGUGCAGCACCCCAAGCCUCUCAGCGUCAUCCCAGACCUUGCACCUUAGGUUCUGCUGCAAUAACACAGUGUUGGACGAUGCUGCAAGCUUAGGUCGUAGAAUCAGGCCCUGUCGUAGUUUGUCCCCAAAAGGAGGAAUCCUUUGAGUCAAUCCCACUGCUGAACGUAGACUGUUCAAGAGCUCCAGUGAUAAGGUAAAAAAAAACAACAAACAAACAAACAAACAAAAAAAAAGCAUUGCAAUGAAAUUUGACAUUUUUUGUGAUUGCAAAGUGUUGGUCAGUUACAUGUUUUUCAGCUCGGAUUGACUGUUUUUCUUUAUAACCAUGCCAUAGUGUAUUUAGAGUUGUCUGGUUGUUUGAUGAUCCGCUUUGAAUGCCUUCAGUAACCUUUAAAUAAAUAGGAAUGUGCUUUAGAAAGUUGGAUGAGGACAGGAACUGAUGUACUUUGAAUGACAUGCACUGUUUUUGUUGGCAGUAAAUUUGGGGUUUAUCAGUUUUUUAAAAAAACAACAAAAAUAAUCACCUUUUGUAGUUAAAAGUCAUACUGUAUGUUUAAAGGCUGUUCACUCUGUACAUGUGAGAUGCUCUUCUUUUGAGCGAAGUGUUUCAAUACAGAGUUCGUGGGGGUGUAGAAGACAAAACAGAAGUGAGAAAUAAGGAGCAUGCCUUAGAGGUAAAACAAAAAAACAAAAGGUUUCAUGUGCUGUGUAUAUUAAAUCUAUUGGUUUGUUUCUUGAAUUUAACUGUUCUGACUUCUGAAAUGUUGCCAUGUUCAUUAAUAAAGUCGUAACAAAUAAAACAGA